GCGGGGGGAUCGGUCCCUUCCCGUGAAAAAACAGCAAAAUGGCGUUUCCUCCCCCUCGGGGUUUCCAGCCCCGUUCCCGGGGCAUCCCCAGUGCCCGGGGCCCCCGGGGGCCGGUCGGUGUCCGCAGUGCGGGGUCCCCCCGUCAGUGUGUCACAGCCCCUGCCCGUUGCGGGUUAAAAUCUAUUUAUCGGGCAUUAAUUAUUAUGAUCUCCUCUUUCCCCACCACAACAGGUUUCCUGCAUUUGGGUGGCCUGCGCACUGCAUUAUACAAUUACAUUUUUGCUAAAAAGAACCAAGGGACCUUUAUUUUGAGACUGGAGGACACAGAUCAGAACCGGGUGGUGCCUGGAGCUGCAGAGGGAAUCGAGGACAUGCUGGAGUGGGCAGGUAUUCCCCCAGAUGAGAGCCCUCGCCGUGGUGGUUCCUUUGGGCCCUACCUGCAGUCGCACCGGCUCGAGCUGUACCGGAGCGCCAGCGACGCGCUGCUGGAGAGCGGGGCCGCCUACCGCUGCUUCUGCACCCCCCAGCGCCUGCAGCUGCUGAAGAAGGAGGCUUUGCGGAGACAGCAGACCCCACGAUACGACAACCGGUGCCGGCACUUGACGCCUGCAGAAGUGGCUGAGAAGCUGUCGCAGGGCCUGGACUGGGUGGUGCGGUUCCGCCUGGAGAAGGGUGUGCAGCCCUUUCAGGACCUGGUGUACGGCUGGAGCAGGCACGAGGUGGCAGACGUGGAGGGUGACCCGGUGAUUCUCAAGGGAGAUGGCUUCCCCACCUACCACCUGGCUAACGUGGUAGACGACCACCACAUGGGCAUCAGCCAUGUCCUGCGGGGAACCGAGUGGCUGACGUCCACGUCCAAGCACCUCCUUCUGUACAGAGCCUUUGGCUGGGACCCCCCACAGUUCGGCCACCUCCCGCUGCUGCUGAACAGGGACGGGGGCAAGCUGUCCAAGAGACAGGGGGACAUCUUCCUGGAGCACUUUGCUCGGGAAGGCUACCUGCCCGAGGCACUGCUGGACAUUAUCACGAACUGCGGCUCUGGCUUCCCAGAGAAGCAGAUGGGGAGGACUUUGGAGGAGCUGAUCUUGCAGUUUGAAAUAGGCAGAAUUACAUCCCAUUCUGCCCUCCUGGAUCUUGAACAACUGCCAGAAUUCAACAGGGUUCACCUCACCCGUCAUAUUGAGAAUGAAGGACUGCGACAGAAGCUAAUCAAGGAGUUGCAGUUGCUGGUGGAGCAGGUCUAUGGGGAUCAACACGUGGAUCCCGAGGUUCUAGAAAAGGAGUAUGUGGAACGAGUCCUCCUGCUGAGAAAAGGCCACAUCAGCUUCCUGAAGAACCUGGUGUCAUCAGAUUAUUCUUACCUGUGGGUUAGGCCCUCGGUGUCCCGAGAGCAGCUACUGACUGUUUCUGCAGAAGUAGAUGAAAUAGGAAAGCUAGUCUUAGGGCUCAUGACAAGUCAGGGGGGUGGUUUGACUAUGGAGGAGUUGAACAAAGAGCUGAGAAGCGUCCAGAAGCAAACCCAGGAGACAAAGUACAGCAGUGUGAUGAAGCUCCUUCGCUUGGCUCUCAGCGGGCAGCAGCACGGACCGAGUGUCGCUGAGAUGAUGGUGACCCUGGGACCCAAGGAGGUGUGCGGGAGGAUACACAAAGCGCUCUCUAGUUGACCCGAGACAGACGACACCGACGUUGGGCCGCGGACUCAGAUGAUGCAGGCAGCACCACAUGUCCUUGUCCUAGACCUGUGUUUUCUGACCUCAGUGUGAUCACCUGUGAUCGGAUGAGCUGGCGUUAGCGCAGGCACUUGUCACCGUGAAGUUUCCAGGUCUGUGUGUGUCUGCAUUAAGCAUCAACCAGCUUGUCUGGGAGAGGAACCCAAUACAGAAUUAGGUCCAUCCUUCUGCUUUCAUCUUGUACAAGGAACCUGGUUUCCCCAUUGGGAGAAAGAGACUUUUAUCAAUGUUUAAAUUCAAACCACGUGGACAGACAGUGAUGCUGUUCCUGAUACCAGCAUGGCUCGUCUGAAAUGAUCGGUCUCUUUCUGGAGAGGCAGUCAGAGUACCUACAGCUACAACUACAAAGGACCCCAACAAAUACUGUGGGGAGGGUAUUUUAAAAUGUAUAUAAAUGUGUAAUAUAUGUAUAUGAUAGCUGGGGCCCUCUUAGCUGCCCUGGUAUCCUGCCGGGCUGGGCGAACUGCUGGGAGAGGGGAACUCUUCACCCUGUGCGCUGUGUCACGCAUGUGAUUCUGCUAAAAGGAUCCCUGAUGAGGAGAUUGGUGUGUCUUUCCUCUUUUUGGAUGACAACCUUUUAAUUAUUAAAUUAACACGGUGACUUUUGA